CAAUAUGGGCUUAUAGGUUACAGUAUUAUGCUAUACAUGUUCUGUUAUAUUUUUUUGUUUUUUCCAGUUUGAUACCGGUAGGAUAUUUUUAAGGAGACAUAACUUAAGAGGCAUAACGAUUCAUCUCAACUUCAAUGUAUAAACUGCUGAGUUUCAUAACCUGGUGUGAUACUGACUUCCCUGAAUAAGCUACAUGUCAACAGUCCUCAUGGAUGUAUAAAUGUAUGUUGAAUGCCUCUUCAAGUCAAGCCUCGUUAGUACUUCCCUCUGCCCCUUCCCUUCAUCACAUCCUCCCUGCAAAAUGUCUCACACAGACUACAAAUACAGAGCCCUUCCUCAAACAGACUACAAAUAUGGCGCAGCCGCACAGGAAGUAGAGAAUCACAGGAAGAGGUCAGCAAUGCCAUGCGAGGGAGACGGCCCCAUCAGUCUGUUCACAGCUCCAGAGGUCAAGCAGGUUGUUAUGCGGUCACUGGCCUUCGUGAGGAGCAUCACAAAGAUCAAGCUCCUCAGUUUUCUGUUGGGAUUAACCCUUACGUUCCUGGUUAUGACCUCGUACAUCCUGACCUGGGACAGGAAGGGACGCCAAGUGACCCCGUCACCGGUCCACCUCACACCCACCACGGUCCACUUCAGCAACCUUCCCUCCAGCAGGACCCCCCCUCUGGGAGAGGUGGACCUGGAGGUCAUGAUGGAGACUGUGGGCCUCAAGUUACGAAUCAGCAGUCCCAGGAGGGUUCCUGCUCUGAAGGACGUUCUUCACUCUGAUCUUCACUUGUUCUCGGUCAUUCCCCGACAGUUCUUACCCAACGUCAAGAGUCCGUGUUGGUACGAAGAGCACGUUGGAAACACCAGCGCAGACGUGUACGGUAAAAACCUUUACGCGCUGCACUCGGUGAACUUCCGAACCGUCUGCGACUAUCUGAGGAGAGAUUUCCGUGAGCACCUGUAUCACAACAACAGCAAACUGUACAGGCUACGCUGCCUGCCGUACUUCUAUAUUAUCGGCCAGCCCAAAAGUGGAACCACGGAUCUUUACCACAGACUCAUGCUUCAUCCUGAGGUCCGGUUCUCCACCAUGAAAGAACCACACUGGUGGACCAGGAAGAGGUUUGGUAUCAUCCGUCUCAAAGACGAGGCCAGAGAUCGUUUCCCUGUGGAGGACUACAUAGACCUCUUUGAUCUGGCAGCUUACCACAUCCAGGAUGGCUUUCUGGGAAAUGCAUCAGAUGGCCACAGCAAUCAGCAGAUUGUCACAGGUGAAGCCAGUGCGUCCACCAUGUGGGACAGUCUAGCUGGGAGCUGUUCCCACGGUGACGGAGGAGGCUGGGAGCCACACUUCCUGGUUCAGGACUUCAUCCAUGCCGCCCAACCGGACGCUAAACUCAUAAUCAUGCUGAGAGACCCGGUAGAAAGGUUGUACUCAGACUACCUGUACUUCCACUUAGUGAACAAGUCAGCGGAGCGCUUCCACCACAAAGUGUGUGAGUCUCUGCAGAUGUUCCAGUCCUGCCUGGCUGAGAGCUCCAUACGCUCCUGCAUCUACAACACCCAUCUGUUCUACCACAUGCCUGUGCGACUCAGUCUUGGACUCUACAUCAUCUACCUGCUGGACUGGCUGACAGUUUUCCACAAGGAUCAGAUUUUAAUUCUGCGUCUGGAGGAUUAUGCUGCCAAUCUCAGAACAUCCAUGCACAGGGUCUUCGACUUCCUGAGUCUAAGCCCUUUAUCAGAGCACAGAGAGCUGCUGCUAGCUAAGAAGCCCAUGUCCAACACACGCAGGGCGCAGGAUCGGAGCCUGGGCCCCAUGCUGGCCCUCACCAGAUCCAUACUGCAGCGCUUCUACCAGCCCUUCAACCAGCACCUGGCUCAGCUCCUGGACAACCAGGCCUUCCUGUGGUCCGACACGUGAGGAGCCAAGGCCAAGCUUCCAGUCGCCCAGGCCUUCCUGUGGACCGACACGUGAGGAGCCAAGGCCAAGCUUCCAGUCGCCCAAGUCUUCCUGGGCGACUGGAAUCCUGUGAUCCUUCCUGAUCCCAGUGAAGUCAGGUCAAAAUCCCACACAACAAAGCCUCCCUUUGGGCAACAAGUUCCUACUGCUGGACACCCGGUCUUCUUGACAUCUGGGGAGCACCAUGGAUUAAAUUAUUUUAUAUAUAUUAAGGAAAAAAUUAAGUCAGGUUUUAUCAGAGAUAAUAUAUUGUAGGUGCAUUACGUGAUGCCCAGCUGUGUCCACCAGGGGGAAGCACCUUCUCACGGAGCAGAUCUACCACAAGAGACUCCCACACAAGCCAAUACAAGUUUUCACUCAGCAGUUAUGUGUGUUUCUGUUCUUCAUUGGUAUGCUGCACAAAACCUACUCUCAUGUCUGCCUCAGUGAUAAACACACUCGUGUAAAGGCACAGUUCUUGGGUCGAUUGGUGUUCAGUCACGACUAAAUUGCUCUUUGCUGGUGUAGACACAAUCUGAAUAACAUUAGGGUACCUUGGAGCCUGCCCGAACAGGGAUGUGAUUCUCAUUAAAUAAAGGAGGAUUGUUACCUUC